GCAAUUUGUAGCAAACUGAUAUUUUGUGUUAUUUUAGGUUAUUUUUAGUGAUUUUCACGUUUUUUGUAUUAUUUUUAGGCUGAACAUUCGCUUAUUUGAAGCCCAAUUCGUGGUUAUUAGGUUUAGGACUUAGGGUGUUAAUUUCCUAUUCUAAUUAGGAUUUGUUUUCUCUAUUUAAAAGGCUUGUUUCAAUCAUGUCAAGCGGUGAUGAUAGAAAACACUAAAUGGAUGAUUCCUUCAUGCUCAAAGCUAUGCAACAACAAUUUCAGAGGCUAGACAUCAUGUUUGGUGAAAUUAAAGACAAAAUGGAGAAGCAAGAUGUAGCCAUUGCCAAGUUAUACCAAAUACAUAACGGAAGUCCAAAUUUGCAUAAUCACGAUCUUGAUGACAAUGAUGAAGAUGCAUUCAACGAUGAUGCCCAGAACUCAAAUUUCAGCAUGGACAGAUUUAUGAGAGGUAGAGGGGGUCAAAGAUAUAGAUUUAACAAAGGAGACCAAAAUCUGGCAAGGUGGGGAGAUCGGCAAGAUCAUGACUUAGGCAGCAUCAAGAUGAAGAUUCCUCCAUUUCAAGGCAAAAAUAAUCCAGAUGUGUAUUUGGAGUGGGAAAAGAAGGUGGAAUAUGUCGUUGAUGGAGAACUGCUUGUCACUAGUUGUACUAAUGUAGCUAACACUAUUUUAGUUGAAAAGCUUAAUCUACCUAUGAUGAAGCAUCCAAGGCCAUAUAAGCUGCAAUGGUUAAACGAUUGUGGAGAAAUCAAGGUAACUAAGCAAGUUCUGGUUUCAUUCUCUAUUGGACGAUAUAAGGAUGAGGUACUUUGUGACGUGGUUCCUAUGCAUGCUGGACAUUUACUUUUAGGAAGACCAUGGCAAUAUGAUGGGAGGGUAACACAUGAUGGCUUCAAAAAUCACUAUUCAUUUGUCAUGGAGGGGAAAACAAUUACUAUUGCACCAUUGAGUCCAAGGCAGGACUUCAAGGAUGUGUUUCCAGAUGACGUUCCUAAUGGUUUACCACCAAUAAGAGGAAUUGAGCAUCAAAUUGACUUCAUUCCUGGUGCAACAAUUCCAAACCGACCAACAUAUCGAAGCAAUCCCAAUGAGAUGAAAGAACUUCAAAGGCAGGUCGAAGAACUCAUGAAAAAGGUACAUGUGAGAGAAAGCAUGAGUCCAUGUGCAGUUCUAGUGCUACUUGUGCCUAAGAAGGAUGGGACUUGGCGUAUGUGCAUGGAUUGUCGCACAGUCAACAAAAUCACUAUAAAGUAUCGUCACCCUAUUCCUAGAUUAGAUGACAUGUUAGAUGAGUUGCAUGGUUCUUGCAUAUUCUCUAAAAUUGAUUUAAAGAGUGGAUAUCAUCAGAUUAGGAUGAAGGAAGGAGAUGAAUGGAAAACAGCCUUUAAAACGAAACAUGCUGAUGGAAUCACAGUAGAUGAAGAAAAGGUUAAGGCUAUUAAAAAAUGGCCGACACCUAAAAAUAUUUCUGAGCCCAAUUCGUGGUUAUUAGGUUUAGGACUUAGGGUGUUAAUUUCCUAUUCUGAUUAGGAUUUGUUUUCUCUAUUUAAAAGGCUUGCAACCCUAAUGGGGAGGAUUGAAUCUGAGAUUUUGAGAGACUUUUUCUUUUUGGUUCAUUUCAGAACUUUACAGAACUUAUCAAGAUUAUUCUUGUGGCAUUCUAACCUGACUUAUCAUUCUCGUUCUUAAUCGUUCGAGGGUGUGGCGUCAACCAACUUUAUACCUCUGGUUCUUGUUGCGUCAUAGACAAUGGGUCAAGGUUUUUACCUUUGGUUCUUGUUGCGACAUAAACAAUGGGUCAAGGUCCUAUUAUAAACCUGAUUUGGCUUU